AUGUGCAUACUACCUGCAACGUUCACAGGAAGUCCACGAUACAUGCACGCGAGGACGCAAGACGCGAUGACAUACGUUCGUAAGUACGGCCGACCAGACCUAUUCAUAACUUUCACGUGUAACCCAAAAUGGUACGCAAUUGCUAAAGAACUUAUGCCAGGGCAAUCGGCCUACGACCGUCCAGACCUCAUUGCGCGCGUUUACCAUCUGAAGUUGGCAAAGGUAAUGGAUGUGAUGACAAAGGGACAGGUUUUUGGGGCUGUUUGCUGUCGCAUGCACACUAUUGAGUGGCAGAAACGCGACCUGCCUCACGCACAUAUACUAAUUUGGCUGUGCGACAAGAUUGAGGCCACAGAAAUCUAUCAUCUUAUUUCUGCUGAAAUUCCUGAUCCGUCGGCUGACCCUGAAUUGUACGAAAUAGUGAUAACCAACAUGAUUCAUGGUCCCUGCGGGUCGCAUUACAAUUACACCAGCUGCCACAACAGCGACGGCAAAUGCACCUGGCAGUACCCACGAGAUUUCAUUGUUAGGCGUCUAUCCUCUAUACCAUUCUAUCUAUCUAUCUAUCUAUCUAUCUAUCUAUCUAUCUAUCUAUCUAUCUAUCUAUCAACAGACAUAUGUACAUAA